AUGGACUCAAAUAUUAUGUCAAUUGUAGUGCUAUUUGGAGGUCUAAUUGGAUCCUGGUUUUCAUUACUUCAAUACAUAUCCCAACCAAUAGUGGGCUCUUUGUCUGACAUUUACGGCCGAAAACCACUUCUAUUGCUGUGUUUGACCGGAAUCUCCAUUUCAUACCUCUUUUGGAGUCUAUCGUCUGAAUUGUUCACAAUAUUCCUCAUCUCCAGAACCAUCGGUGGCUUAAGUAAAGGCAAUAUCAGUCUGAGUACAGCCGUUGUGACCGAUGUGUCCGAUGAGUCCAAUAGAGGCAAAGGAAUGGCUUUAAUUGGGAUCUCGUUUUCGGUUGGAUUUAUUGUAAGACAUAUCGAGGGUUUGAUUGGACCCGUUUUGGGCGCCUCUUUCGUGAUGUGGUCGCGAUCUGCAGACGCGCACCACUUCUUCCAGUUAUGGCCGGCUCUCUUCGCGCUCACCCUUUCUCUCAUUAAUGUGAAGAACAACCCUAGCCCUGAAAGGCAGGCACUGGACUUCAUGAGCCCAUUGUCGCUGUUCUCAUUCCGUCCGGUUAUGAAUACCAAAGACUUAGGUAUUGAAUACAAUCGACAAUUUAGUGCUUAUAUGACAGGAUGUGUUGGCAAUCAGUUUGAUGUUGUGUUCAUGUAUUCAGAUUUAUCAGUACUAAAGCGUGGAAGUCGUCUUUACUUCCUAUUCCUCUACUUAUACUCCGGUCUCGAAUUUACGCUCACAUUCCUCACACACUUGCGAUUUAAUUACACCAGUGCACAACAGGGAAGGCUAUACUUGUACGCCGGACUUGUAAUGACUUUAAUACAAGGCUCGUAUGUCCGCAGAAUUAAAGCCGGAAACGAAUUAAAAACAAUACUUUAUGGCAUUUCAGCAAUUAUUCCGGCAUUUGUUUUGAUUGGUUUGGCUUCCAAUCAAAUUCAGUUAUAUAUUGGACUCACUCUUUACGCGUAUUCUUCGGCAACAGUUGUUCCGUGUCUGACAACUGUUGUCUCCAAAUACGGUCCGCCCGACCAGAAGGGAGUAAUUCUCGGCAUAUUUAGAUCAAUAGGAGCUCUGGCCAGAGCUUUAGGACCCAUAUCCGCGUCUUUAGAUUUGGUGGAUCCGUUUGUUACUGUUUUGGAGCACUUCUAUUGA